AUGGGCAGAAGAGACAAAGCCAUUGAAGCAUUUAACGAGUGUAAAAAGUAUUUAGGGAAAAUUUAUGAUGAUUUGGAAUCAUUUGCUGUUGCCUGCACAUGUAAUUAUAUUUCAUUCUUUUUAGCUGGAGAGGGAGAGGAUGAACUUUCGAGUAAUUAUUUAACACUGGUUGACCAGUAUUUUAAAAGAAGAGCACGACAAAUUGCUCGAGGUUUGCCAUGUUUUGGAAAUAGCGAACAUUUUAUUGUAAAUAAUUUAGAUAAGAAGAGAGGAGUUACGAGUAUAUUUUUCUAUGACAAUAGAUUGGAUUGGAAUAAGGGCCAAAAAUAUAGCAAUCUAGUUGCAGUGUCUUACAAAAUAGCAACAGGAAAUGAAUUACCACAGAAUUUUGUUGAAAUACUUGAUGCGGACCUUAAUGAAUUUACUUUUGCGCAGCAAAUGUCUGUAUUGGAUGAUUUACACAUUUUAAUGAAGAAGAGCCACAAAGGAAGAUCACAUGUUCCAGAAUAUGUACAAAUAGGUCUAAUGAUGGACAAACUCAAUGUUGCUUUACACAGACUUGAAGCAUUAAGAGUGGUCCUCGCAAAGAAUCCAAAGGACAAACGAUUUGUGAAAUUGGAAAUGCUCAAAUAUGCGGAUGAAAUUAGUGAAAUUGUUGAUAAUCCCUAUUUCCCAGGCAUGUUAUCAAGUUUUAUAUUUGCAUUUGCUCUGGCAGCCCAAGUACAUUUCGAAUUAUUUUUUGAUAAUGAAAUUUCAAAUGUACCUCUGAUUAAAACAAAUAUUCUCAAUUCCUUGGAUAGAGAUAUGAGAGGACUAAAACACUUUUCCUCAAAAUAUGGAAGAACAACCAAAGUUUAUGGACCUAUUAUGAAUGCAAUUGAAGCUCUCGUUGUCAACAUUUCACCACCAAAUUGUGGUCCUCCCUUAGACUCCAUUUCUUCCUCAACAAAUGAUCAAGCAUCCUCUCUUCCAACAUCAAGUCAUGAAAGCUCUUCAACUGCAACAACCUCUGCAGAUGAUCAGAGAAAGAGAGAUUUACCAUCAGCUCAGUUUUUAGCAAACACAAUGAAAAAUUUUAUGCCAAGAAUCGCUAGGAAUUUCAAUAAUUAA